GAAGAUACAGCCCGCAACAGAAGGAGAAGAAGAGAAGUUUUAAUUUCCCUUCAAUAUUCGACACAAGCUGCGGAAACAUGGCUGCUGAUGACAAAUCGCUGACAGCCCCUCAUAGACGACAAGGCUACGAGAUAUUGCCCAUCUCCCAGAAAGAUCUAGCAACAAGGCAAACCUCUGUGCCUCUGAUUUUGCCGAACGACUUUCAGUAUGAUCCGUCUUCGGGCAAGAUUGUUAAGAAGGAAGGUGAGAAAAGAACCCACCUGGUCGUGGUGGAAGAGGCUCUAGAGCUGCUGCGGGAUAUAACAGAUCCGGUCAGCAUAUUGGGGAUUUGUGGACCAGCACGGAGCGGAAAGUCUUACGUUGUGUCAAGGAUGGCGGGAGCCCAUGAUGCGUUUGAGCUGGGAAAUAAAAUGAGCUCUCAGACGCUCGGUAUUUGGAUGGGAACAAAGGUUCUGAGACAUAGAAAGGAGGGAUUUACUACUAUCUUGAUAGACAGUGAGGGGACGGGUAAAUACAGUUAUAUCUCUCGUUGGCGUAUAAGUCAGUCAUUGAGGUUCACAUCGUACAUGAUGCUUGAUCGCUAGGUUUCCUCGAUUAUCCGAAGUAUGAUGGUCGUUGUUGCCUAAUAAAGGGGUUACAUUAGGUGGUUUUACAUUAGGUUUUUGACACUCUGUCGAAGGCUGUGAAUAUCGUAACCAUAGCUGUGGAGUUUAUCAGUCGACGUCACUAGUGGGCCUGAUUUGGUCUUAAAGUGCAAUUUAAGUCCAAAACUGGACUGAAGCGGUUUUAAAGAUUAAGUAACAUG